CACCCUCCCCCUCUCCCCCCAAACAACCGGCCAUGCUUGCCUGUUGCUCCUGAACCUCGACGCUCGCUCCUCACAUUUUUUCACCUCCACCCUGUCCGUCUAUCGGGAGAGUUGUCCGACUAUCCGAGCCUUCGCUCCGCGGUUGGGGGCUGUCGUUAAGCUCUCGCUCGGUUCCGCCCACGAGCCCUCCCACUACAAUUAUCUGACUUUCGUCACCGUACCUCACAAAUACGACCAGGAAACGGGUGGCCGCGAGCACUCGUCCUUGCGCUCAAGAACAUUUUUGUCAUGGAACAAGAUCCCUCAAUGUCCUGGUCGGACAUGCCUCCACCCGGCGAAGACGACUUCAGCAAUUUCCUCGAAUUCGGGUUCCCGGAUUUGGAGGGGCAGCACGGACCGACAGAUCAUUUUCCUUCGCGCUCCGUCGCUCAAGCUGCUGCGAUGGCCACUUCGACGGCUCCUCCCCAGCAACAGCAGGUGGUAUGCAUGAAUUCUGACGGGGUCUCCGAUCAAUCGCAAUCGUACAACCGCAUGCCGGGCGAUUUCCCCGUCGAGCUCCCUGGCCAGGGGCAACAGGGAAUGCUACACAAUUCGUCCUACUCCAAUGGCCCAAUGACACCGGCAUUUUAUGCCCAGAAGCCCCAGAUGUUUCACUCCUCUCAACAGCAGCAACCGGUACAGCCGCAAUCCUCGCAACCUUAUAAUCCACAGGGUCAGAUGAUGAUUCCACCUACGCCAAACAGUAUAGAACUUCACGGUAAUGCAGCACCCUAUCCUCAGCGGGUUGGAGACAAUUCGGAAAUGUACGAUCGAUAUACUCGAAUGAUGGAGGAACAGGCUCUUUAUACUCCUCUUGUUUCCCCGGCGAUGACUCCCUUAGAAUCACAGUUCAGACAGCCGGAAUACACGAUCCCUGGAGAGUAUUUCAGUCCGCUUAGCUCGCCGGCGAUUGAGGCUCAACACCCCAAUCCGAACGGUUUUCCCAUUCAUUCUGGUCCGCUGACGGAAGUGAAUUUUGUCCAUUCACCUGUUGACAACGCUUUCCCUUUGUCCUCUGCUCCACCUUCGCCGGGAUUGGCGCGGAAAUACAAGCGACGGUCAUCAGCUGCUAGCAAGACCUUUCAGUCCAGGGCUAAGAAGCAGCAAUCUCCCUCAGUUCGACCUUUGGCGCGGACGAGAUCCCGUCUGACCGAUGAGGUUAUGACCACGCUCUCAGAAGGCCAGAUUAAUCCAACCCCGAAUCCCCCCCAGAAUGGUAGCAGGUCGCAUUUUGGCAGUGCCGAGAGCUCGGGCCAGGACUCAGUAUCCCCAGAACCACUUUCUGAGCCAUUGAUGCCACCACCAGCAUUACCACCAUCUCGAAAAUCGCCCGCAAUAGCUCCGCAGGCACGGCAACAACAAAAUCCCAGCGAACCCGCGACACCCGCCAUGCUGAUGCGUAUGCAGCGAUCUCCCCUCGCUCGCUCUGCGCCGGAUCACAACUUGACUCCUACACAACGGCCGAUGAACCAAGUGCAGGACGAAGUGAUGGAGGACGUCAUUCUUCCGGAGGCAGCUAAUCCGUCAGCUCAACUUUUUCGGCCCCAGGUGGCUCGCAUCGACACGGCUAUGCCGACCAGCACUUCGUCCCAGGGUGUGUCGCUAAACGCUACGGCCCAUUCAGCUCCUCAUCAGGUGUCUCUUUCCGAAAAACCACCCGCCUCUAUUGCUCCUAGCCCGCGUACCGCUGCCAUGCCGUCUCCUAGCGGCCCUGUUCCAAAGAAAUCGGACACUCCGAAGCUUGGUCCAGUCAGCAGGAAGCGACAAAGUCUCAGCUCGUCACACCCUAGUCCUAGUUUGAGACCUAAAAUCAGUCCUAAUAUCCAGCCAUUGGUUGCCGGUGAUACCUCAGCUGCAUACCUGGCCGGUAUAAAGUCGAACUAUCAACAAAUUUUGGAGGGAACACUUCUCCCUGGCGUCUCAUACCCCGAAACCUUAGCUGAGAAUUUAAGCUCUAAGCGGACGAAUCACAAGCUUGCCGAGCAAGGUCGACGGAACCGCAUAAACACUGCUCUCAAAGAAAUCGAAACCCUGAUUCCGGCUGCCUAUGUACAAAUGAGAUUACACAAGGAAGCAGCAACAUGCAACGGAAAGGGCGAGAAGGAGAAAGAAAGGACCGGUAACCAGCCAAUCAGUAAAGCCAGCACCGUGGAGAUGGCUAUUGAUUAUAUUAAAUCACUCAAGGCAGAGCUUGAUGCGACAAAGGUGAAACUCGCAGCUGCAGAGGCCAAAUUGGGAACCAGCGAGACCGCCAAAGAGGCCCAUGGUAGCAAUGGGCAACAGAACGAAGAAAAGGCAGUCGACGAAAUCAAUACCACUGACCGGACGUCUGAUCCGAACAACGCCCAGUCCUCAACUGCCGGAGAGUCAUGACCAGCGCCAGUCUGUCUGUCCAUUUUCUACGCAUCAACUCCAAUCACGCGACAUGUUUUACGAGGCACGGUUUGAACGUAAUACACAUUGGACAUAGCGAAUCAGGGUAGGAAACGGUGUACCUUGAUGGCUGUGACUUGUUUCCGGCCUAUUUGGUUCGGUCUGGAGGCUUUUCUGCUUAUUCAUGUUGAUUCCCCUGUCAUUGUUUCAGAACUACUGGUGGGAGUAGGUCGGUGUUCAUGGUCUGAGCUUGCUUCUUGUUAUGUGUCUGGAUCCCUCUAUAAAUACCUGUUCCUUGUGUAUACCGAUAUUUUGCUACAAUGGCAAGCCAAUAUAAUGACUAGGCUCAA